GAGGUCUCAGUUGAUCCCUGGGUGUUGGAACGAGAGCAACAGAGCAAGGAAGCUUAUAACUGAGUGUAUGAGGCCUUAGAGUCACAUAGCGGGCAGCAGCGGUCCUCCAAACAGCAAAGGCAACAUGAUGCGAGCAGGAGCCAGGCAUUAUGUGGUGACCAGGCCAUUGUACUCUGAGGACUCAUUCAACGAGGAGCAUAAGAAGGUCUACAGGCAUCACAAGACAAUUCUGGACCACGUCAAGCAGUACUUCAGAUGUGACGCCAAACGGGCCAAGAACGCAGCUCUCUCUCUGCUGCCGAUCAUCGGCUGGAUGAAAAUCUACAGAUUCAAAGAGUGGCUGCUCAGUGACAUCGUGUCUGGUGUCAGCACAGGACUGGUGGCUGUCCUGCAAGGUCUUGCCUACUGCUUGCUGGCCUCUCUGCCUCCCUGGUAUGGACUCUUUGCUGCCUUCUUUCCAAUCAUCACCUACUUUUUCUUGGGCACCUCUCGUCACAUCUCAGUGGGUCCUUUUCCAGUCUUGUGUCUGAUGAUUGGCUCGGUGGUAACUAGGCUCAUCCCAGACGAAGGGCCAGCUGCCAACAUCACAGGGUUUACAAGUCUGACGGUAGACGAGCAGAGAGUGUUGGUGGCCUCCUCUGUGUCCUUCCUCGUUGGCAUCAUGCAGCUGGCAAUGGGACUCCUACAGGUGGGCUUCGUGGUCAUGUACCUGUCUGAUACCCUGGUCUCCGGGUUCACCACAGCUGCUGCCAUCCAUAUCCUUGUAUCUCAGUUAAAGUUUGUGUUGGGGCUCCAGGUUCCUGGCAUCAGUGGACCCCUCUCCCUUAUAUAUACUCUGGAGAUCAUCUUCAAGAAGAUCACGUCUAGCAACGUGUGUGACAUUGUGAUCUCCCUCGUGAUCAUGGUGGUGGUGUUUCUUGUGAAAGAGCUGAAUGACAGAUACAAAUCUAAACUGCCCGUUCCCAUCCCGAUAGAGGUUAUCAUGACUGUUAUUACUUGUGGAGUUUCUUAUGCGUUUCACUUCAAUACCAGAUAUGGCAUUGACGUUGUUGGAAAAAUUCCCCGAGGAUACGAGCCUCCAGUCGCCCCAAACCUUCAGGUCUUCCAGCACACGGCGAUGGAAGCUUUCCCUAUGGCUAUAGUGGGUUUUGCUGUGGCCUUCUCUGUGGCAAAGGUCUAUUCUAUAAAACAUGAUUACACAAUAGAUGGAAACCAGGAGCUGAUCGCCUUCGGAGUUAGCAAUAUCUUUGGAGCGUCCUUCAAGGCCUUCGCAGCGAGUACAGCGCUUUCCAGGAGUGCGGUGCAAGAAAGUACAGGAGGAAAAACUCAGAUCGCUGGUUUACUGUCAGCUAUUAUAGUGAUGAUUGUCACUUUGGCUAUUGGAUUUCUUCUCGAGCCUUUACCAAAGUCUGUGCUGGGGGCCGUGGUCAUCAUCAACCUGAAGGGUAUGCUGAUGCAGUUCAAUGAAAUUCCUUACCUCUGGAGGAGAGACAGGCCAGAUUGUGUGGUGUGGAUGAUCACCUGCGGAGCAUCCAUCCUCCUGGGGCUGGAUCUUGGAUUGGCUGUUGGUCUUGGUGUGGAGUUGAUCUGCGUCGUCCUCCGGGUUCAGUUCCCUCGCUGCAGUGUGCUAGCCAACAUUGAGGGGACAGAUAUUUACAAAGACAGGAAGGACUACAUCUGUAUAAAUGAACCAGAGGGGGUGAAGAUCUUCAGAAUCCCGUCCCCAAUCUUCUUCGCCAACAUGGACUUCUUUAGGAACAAGCUAGUGGAAGCUCUUGGUUUCAAUCCUCUGAGAGUGUUGAAAAAAAGAAACAAAGCUCUGAGUAGGAUCCGGAAACUUCUGAAGAAAGGCGACCUGCAGUGGACGUCGAAAGGGUUCAUGAACACAACAAACAGCUCCCUUAUGGACCCGUUAGAAGACAGCGACAACGAGGAGCUGGACAAACCCAUCGACUUCAAGGACCUUCCCAUCCGCAUCGACUGGAACGCCGAACUUCCUGCCAACAUGGUGGUUCCCAGGGUGGACAUCCACAGCCUGGUGCUGGACUUCGCUGCCGUCUCCUUUCUGGACAUAUCUGGACUGAAGGGACUCAAAACCUUGCUGAAAGAACUGGUCCGUGUUGAAGUUGAGGUCUACAUCGUAGCUUGUGAUCCGUACAUCCUGGAGAAACUCCACAGCUGUUGCUUCUUUGAUGAGGAGGUUCAGCCCUCCAUGUUCUUCCUAACGCUGCACGACGCCAUGCUGCACAUUUUGGAGAAACAUCCAGAGACGACAGUAAGGAAAACAGACCAGAUACUAACAACAGUGACAGUCCAUCAUCCGAGCCGCAGUCUGAGGAGCAGAGAUAAAAAUGUAAGCUGAUUUUCUUCUUUUCCAGCUGAAGCUUCCUGCUGUUGUAAUCGUCCUGUACAGUCGGGUCAUUGUCACUCGGUGCACUCAGUGUUUGAGUUUUGGGAAAUAUUUAACUUGUUUUGUUUCAUUCAGCUGUAUGUAGGUCAAGAACAAAACACAUAAAGCGCCACUCCAAAGAAAUAAAACAUGCCGGCUUUAUAAGCUCAUGCUUCAGUCUGUAUGCAGAACACGAGCCUCAUUCUGAGCUACAGGCAAAGCAGCAAAUCAUCUUAAUGUAAAGGGGAAGUAAUAAUCUGUUAGGUUAGUU